AUGGACAGAGAGCAAGGGACGGAGGGGAGGCACGGAAGCGAAGACCCGCAGGGCAGAGUGCGGCCGCUGGCGAGGUGCCCCGGUGUCAGAGCAGCGGCCUGAGCGCCCAAUGCGAGGGCAGGAGGAGGGGGCCGAAGACGUCUAGAGGAGAAGCCAAAGAUGUUGACCAGAAAGAUUAAACUCUGGGACAUAAAUGCCCACAUCACCUGCCGCCUGUGCAGUGGAUAUCUCAUCGACGCGACCACGGUGACCGAGUGUCUGCAUACGUUCUGUCGGAGCUGCCUGGUCAAGUAUUUGGAGGAGAACAACACCUGCCCCACGUGUAGGAUCGUGAUCCACCAGAGCCACCCGCUGCAAUACAUUGGUCAUGACAGAACCAUGCAGGACAUUGUUUACAAACUGGUUCCAGGCCUUCAGGAAGCGGAAAUGAGAAAACAGAGGGAAUUCUACCACAAGUUAGGCAUGGAAGUGCCUGGAGACAUCAAGGGGGAGACCUGUUCUGCGAAACAGCACCUAGAUCCCCAUCGGAACGGUGAAACCAAAGCAGAUGACAGUUCGAACAAAGAGGCCGCGGAGGAGAAGCAGGAGGAGGACAACGACUACCACAGGAGCGAUGAGCAGGUGAGCAUCUGUCUGGAGUGCAACAGCAGCAAACUGCGGGGCUUGAAGCGAAAGUGGAUCCGCUGCUCGGCCCAGGCGACCGUCCUGCACCUGAAGAAGUUCAUCGCCAAAAAACUUAACCUUUCGUCUUUCAACGAGCUGGACAUUUUAUGCAACGAGGAAAUCCUGGGCAAGGACCACACGCUCAAAUUUGUGGUUGUCACGAGGUGGAGAUUCAAGAAGGCGCCUCUCCUGCUGCACUACAGACCCAAGAUGGACUUGCUCUGAGCUCGGCCCUGGGCCGGCCCCGCCGCGCCCGGGCUGUGGCCGCCCUGCAGGUGUCGUGGGGACCAGAUUUCUGAACAGAGUAUUUAUAACUUUUGUAUGAGAGAACUCACACUCACCAAGACACUACCAGCACCGCGGUCACGAGACGACGAAACGCUUUACUGCACAGUCUUAGUGGCCGAAGAGGCGCCUCUCACAGACUGGAUGGUAAACACAGUGGCCACGCGACCUUCGCUUGCUUUCCAGGCCUUGGAAAUCUGGUCAUUUCAGUUUAGUUGAUGAAUUAGGGUUCACGAUAAGCCUCGAAAAUACUUGGAUGUUUAUUGAGCCCUUCCUAAGUUAUUGAGAAAAUAUCUUUUCCUGGUGAAUGACGCUAUUUAUGUUGCCUUUAGCUUCCUGAAGACUUAGAAGGUAUAUAAAGGUUUAAUUUAAAA